CACCAUAGCAUACCACAGCCACAGCCGCGCCCAUAUUUUCUGUCGAUUUUGUCUUAACAUUUAUUAACAUAUAUUAUGUAGGUAAAACUUAGUGAAGAUAUGAAUAUCUAUUUCUUUGAUUAAUUGGAACAAACAGACAGGAUUCUCCAAUUAUUUCUUAUUUCUUUAAUCUAAACAAUGAAGAAAUCACUAUUUUUUUGUAAAUGCUUAAAAAAUAUCUUUCAAUGAUUAAACAAACACUGAUCAGCAUACUUACGUGUAUAGGCACACAAUGUAUGUAUAUAUAUAUUGAAAAUACGAACGUUCAGAUUUCCAUUCUCAGAGUACUCUGAAGUAUUUAUGUUAUGUUACUGAAACAUCGAGAAUCCAUUGCCAAUUUAACUCCUGUUCAAAACUGUAAAAAAAAAAUUUACGCGCGCUUUGAUAUUCUGUCUUUGCAACAUCGGUACACGUACAAAAAUUAUUUAAACAAUGUUUUGAAUUUUUGACGUAACGAAGAAGAAAUGAAUUUUCUGAUAAAUAGCAAGAAAUGUGAUGAAAUAAAUAAUAAAGACAAAGAACAUAUCCUAUCUUUUGAAAUGGACAAAGAUUAUAAAUUUAAGUAUACACCAGAAAGUCAUUUUAAGCAUGUAGUAAAAAGUGUACAAAGACAAAGAUGCAAGGAUGAUGAAGAACGUAUCUGGACUUCGUUUGUUAAGGAACAGGAGUUCAAUAAUGUAAGAUUUCCAGAAAAAAACAUUCACCUGUCUAUGCAGAGUGUUAAAGAUUUAAUACAAGAAAACAUACAAGAUGUAGAUAGAGAACUUAAGAGGCUACAAGAAGAUGCUCUACCUGAACGAAACAAAGGAAUUUGUAAUUGUAAAUUGAAUAAUAGAAAUGAAAAUAUUACAAGCGUAGAAUCAAACAGCGUAAGGAACAAUUCUGCAAACCAUAAGUUACAAAGGAAAAAUAAAGGUGCAUAUGACACUAAUAUUUUGAUUCCAAUAUCACAAGAAGAUAUUACUGAUUAUCAAGACUUCAAAACAUCCAAAACAAUGUUAAAACCAAGAACCAAAAAAUCUUUAUCAGAUUCUUCCAUUAUACAAAAAAAUCUUUACACUGGUCAACUACUUCAAGCGACUAAUCAUUUUGGAAAUGAUUCAGAUUCAGACUCAAAUUUGAGUGAUAAUAGAAUGGAUGUUGUUCAUGUACAAGCAGAUCCAUUUACAAUACACAAACUUCUUUCAAUGCAAAAGAAAGUAUCUACAUUACUAAACGAAAUUUCAUUUCGAUUAUCUAAAAUUCCUUUGCCAGAUGGAAAUGAUGAUCUGAAAAGAAGACAACAACAAACUACGGAAUUUGCCGUUAGAUUUUCAAGAAAUUAUUUAUAUAAUCUUAACAGGCUACUAACAAGCAUAAGGAGGCAUAUCGGGGCUGUAUCCUCUAGAACAAAGCAGUAUCAUAGAAGUAUCACAUUUCAUCAAGAUAUGAUUAAGCAAAAGCUAAUCGCUGCUUACCAAUUACUAAUACAAGCAUUAAAUGCCUAUUGCAAACACAUACCUAACUCUAUCCAUGAGAGUCAAUCUACAAAGCUUCAAAAUGUAUUACAGGUUGUUAGCGACUUGAAAGACAUUUGCAAUAAAGUGGAAAUCACGACCAACUGUUUCUGCUCAGGAGAUGUAAAUGCCAUGCCAGUGGAAAAAGAUCCUCAAGAUGACAUUGACACUAUCGUGUCUAAACUGAAAUUAAAUUUACAAUGUAAAGAACAAUCUGCAAGUCGCAAGCAUAUUGAAACUACAGUGACUCCUAUGAGGACAUCUUUACAAAAUGGAAGACAAUUAAAUAAAAAAAAGAAUUUAUCUAGUCGACUAAGCAUGUACAGUAUAGAUGUACCUAAAACGAAUCAAAGAAAAAGCACAGAUUUAAAAGGAAAAAACAAUCACAGAGAGAGAAAAUGUAAAGUUGUAGACACUAAAAACGUACAUGUACAACACUUUGCAGUGCCAGAAUUACUAUAUCCUAGUCCUGCCACGCACACAUCAUCUUCGAGGGAUACCGUUUUGAUUGAUUGUUCAAAGAAGAUGAACUAUUUGAAAGAUGAUGAUAUUAAAACUAUGAUGGACGAAGUACCGAUCGAUUCCGAGAAUGAUAGUAAUCUAGAAAUUCAAACCAAACGUAGUAAUAUGACGAGAAUAGAACAGCCUGAAGGAUCACAAAAGAAGUCGUUUAUUGAAAUAUGGAAACUUAGGAGUACAAAAGAUAAUAAGACAGAUGUUAGAGGAAAUAAUAUUUUAAAUGACAAUGAUUUAGUAAACAAAGUAACUACAAUUACCAAGGAACACUUGUCCACUCUAGUUCCUGUAAUUAGUGAUUUAAUGACUCUCAUAACAAAAAAAAAAACUGACUCACACCCACAGCCUAUAUCUGAAACAUCUAUGGAAACGCUAAUGAAGUUCCUACAAAAAUAUCAGUCCCCUAAAGAUUCUGAUACUCAGGCACUUUUAAUGGACGAUAGUUGUAAACGUUCAUAUUUUACAGCAAAUAGCUCAUCUGAAAUUCAGAAGCGCAAUAACAAUGUACAAUUGAUUUGUAUGUCAUCCAUGGAUAAAAAUUCCAAAACAAGACAAUGCGAUGUUUCGUGUCAAGCAGAUGAGACUGCGAUAAAUAUAUAUGGUGACAAAAAAGCAACACAUACAAAUAACAAACAUAAGUUAGAACUUACUAUUUCAAAAGAAGCUGAGCAACGAAUUUUAGCAUACAGACACGAAUACAGUAAAGCGUGUCAAUCAAGACCAAUGUAUUCUAGCAAUACACAAAAUAAACCAUGGGAUAUUGUAGCAUGGAUAUCCGAUAAACUGGUAGAAGAGCUGAUAAUGGAAACAGCAAAAGAAUUAGAACCAGUUGGGGUGAUCCAAAAAUUGUAUGAAAUGGAAUUUCAAGAAUUUUAAGACAACUGUUUCAUAUUAAAUUCA